AUGGCUCUUUCAGGACUGAAAAGCAUGCUUGGAAUCAAAGGGGAAUCUAAAAAGAAGCAAGAAGCCUUUGAAAGCUCUGAAACCAGCCCAGAAAUGGAGUACCUAUUGAUUUCUAGCUUGCAGCAUUUAGGAAUCCCAAAAUAUACAACAAAAACGUUCACAUAUGAUAAAAUUCAAGGGCUUGCUGCUGUUGGUACUUUGACUGGAUCUAUUAAAAUUUUUGGAAAGCAAGGGAUUGAAGCAAUAAUAGAAGGCGAAAAACAACACCCAAUAGAAUUUUUAGCCUUCAUUACGAAUAAAGGAGUUUUAGUGAGCAAUAGCAAUAUUGGAAGAAAUUUGACGUUUUGGAGCAUUGAAGAGAUGAAGGUAUACUGUUAUUUUACCCAUUUUCUGUAGCAGAUUUUGCUUUAUAUAUAUAAAUAUUCAUAUAAUAAAGAAUAACAUUAACAAUCCCAAUUGAUUUUCUAGUAUCAAAGCUGUAUUAUCCGGAGGAUGGAGACUUUAUAUAUCUAGGCACACAUGGAGGAGAAUUAAGAGUAUUAGAUGUAGAGCAAAAAAGACUGACUGCUUAUGGGCUAAGUUUUUCUCUAUUAUGUCCUGACCAAGCUGAAGACCCAAUCAUUGACUUAUCAUUUCACCCUGAAAAACCUGAAAAAAUCUUAAUUUGCUAUGAAAAUCGUGGAAUCGUAAUAUGGGACUUCAAAAAAAAUAAAGUAAUUAAAAAGAUCAACAACACCCAGCCUACCCAUUGUGCAGCCUGAACACGGGAUGGAAAUUCAAUUGUAUGUGGCUUAUGGGAUACAUUAAAAUGGCGACAGGAGCCCUUUUCCUCAACACCUGUAGCCGGGGUCACCUGGGGACCUUGUGGAAGGGGAAAAGGCGCUCGGAGUGUGCAUCCGGCUGGGUUUUACCUUGGCACAAUGCAGCGCAACGUCGAAUUUGGUCGACCGCAGCUCAUUUUGUCACCAAGUGUUUUACCUCGGGGAAAAGGGUCUUCCAAGUUGGAAAGGGGAAGCUCAGCAGCAUCAGGAGGUUCCUCCUGAUCAAUCGGGCAAUUCCUAGCGCGAUACCAGGCGUUGCGUCCUGGGCUUAGAUUUCCUUUUUGGCCGACAGCCGUACCAGAAAAUUUGUUUUUCAAAUUUUCGGAAUGGGCAACCUCGUUCUCACAGCCUCAAGCAAGGCCACAGAAUUCCUAAAUCUGCCCACUCAACACUGGAGCAAGGUGGUAGCUUGCAAGGAGGAGACGACCAACAGAACAGGCUAGCCAUUAAGUUGGAGUCCUGUAGGCGGAAGUCACAAAGCGGAGGAACCUUCGGUCUGGGUGGCUGCGUUAACAAGUAACAGCUUAGCAGUUGAUAAUCUCGUAAUUAGAUUAAGAUUAAGAUGUGGCUUACGGGAUGGAUCAAUUGCUUUUUGGAAUUUAGAAGAAAAAAAGCCAUUUAUUUAUAAAUCAUUAAAACCAGAUCCAGAUGUAAAUGAUAUUAAUUUAACUGCUAUUGAUACCAUUAUAUGCAUGGCCGACAAAACUAUCGUUAUGGGAGGCCAGCCCUUUAAUUCCCCAAACCAAAUCACUUGCUUUACAGGAGACGAAAUAAAUAAUUCUUUUGUUUAUACUUUGCCUUCAGAAACCCUUCCAUUGCAGAUUUUUCCAAUUCAGAGUAUUGAUGAUGGGGUAAUUAAAGAAAAUUUGGUGAUUGUGACUCAGGAUGCAUCAAUAUUAAUCCAUGACUUUAAAUCUCCUUAUCCUUUUUACCCUACUGAAAUAUUUGGGCCUUUGCAAGUGUUUUGCAGUAGAUAUUAUACGAUGGCGAAUAAUGGGCAAGAAGUGAUGAAUUUGAUAGAAAGCAUGGCAUCGCCUGAGUUUGAGCUUGUUCUUAAUGGAGGCGUUGUGAGUGAAACUUAUCAAGAUAUUUUUGGGAUGCUUAUAACAGCUCAUUCUUCAGGAUUGAUAAGAUUUUGGUGUGUUUCUAAUGUAAGGACUUAUAAUUUGACGAAUUUAUACGAUUUUCUGCUAAAUUGGAAUAAAUAGGGAAAUUAAGAAUUAAUUUUGUAUAGAAAAUAAGGAAAUUUUUAUUUUUUUUGAAUUUAAUUAAUAGACUGCAAAAUAUCACUCCUCAGCCAAGAAAAAAAUCCUUAUUUUAGAGGGUCGAUUUUUAUUUUCAAUGAAGUUGCUGAUGAAAAUUGUAAAAUUUCUGCUCUUGAAAUAUCUAUUGAAACCAAAAAGCUAAUAGUCGCUUUUGAUAUUGGAAAAAUAGGAAUUUGGCAAAUAGGAAUUAAUGAAAUUAAUUUAUUAGGAAUCCAUCAAGUUCAUACAUCGCCAAUCCUUGAUUUAAAAGUAAAAGGGUCAUUUAUUAUAUCAGGGGAUCUUGUAGGAGGAUUAUCAAUAUUUAAUAUGGAUUCCAGCGAAAUAAUAUAAUCUUUUGCAUAAAUUUCUUUUUGAUUUUAUAAGUGAAAUGAUUUUUAAAAUGUUAAAAAAAAAUUUUAGCAUGCCAUAAACUCAGUUUUAUAUAUUAUGGCAUGUCAAAAUUUUUUUGAAAUUUUAAAAUUAAUUUGGCAUAGCAAAGCAAAAUGAAAUUUUACUAAUAAAUUAUAUAUUCAUAUGACCUAAAAAUCUCCAGAAAAAGCGAAAUCUCAAAGCAACAAAUAUCUAUAAGCCAAAUAGAAAUUUAUGAUAAUAUAGCUGCAGUUUCUGUAUCUAAUGGACUUGUGCAUUUAUUUGAUUUUAAUACUAUGCAGCUGCAGCCUCCAGUAAAGUCUCCAAAAAUUGACUUAAAAUCUGAAGUCCCGAAGAGAAGCGAUGUUGGGAUCUUAAAAAUGCUUUAUACUUCAAUAGACCAGCAAAAAGUCGUGAUUGCUUAUGAAAAAAGUAUGCAUCUUGUGCAGUGGCCUUCUCUAGAAGUCCAAGCUUCUCAAUACUGGCUUACACCCAUUGUCUCUACCAAUUUACUUUAUUUAAGAAGUGAGGUAUACGCCGCCUUGCUGCAUUCUGAUGGUAUGAUGUCACUGUUAAGAACUGACAGUUUAGAAAGGAUAUGGAAAUCAAAAAUAUCGAUUCCGAUUGAGUAAUCUUUAUUUAGAGCAAACUAUAAAGAAUUUAAUAUGUCAUUUGAUGGGCAUUUUAUAAUAACUACAAGCUCUAAACAGAUAUUGACAGGCUGGCUUACGUUUUUUGAUGAAUCGCGAGCUGAGUGUAACUUAUACCACAAAAAUUAUAUUUUCUAUAAAAAAUUACUAGACAUUUUUUUGCUAAAUUUAUGUAAAAAAAAGCAUAGUUUUAUUUAAUAAAAAUGCUAGCAAUGACUUCAAAAAAGAAAAAAAAUCAUCAAAAUUUUUAGGUUUCAAAGUAAAUCGUGAGGUAAAUUUUAAUGGAAUUUGUAAGAAAUAUUUAGUUGAAAAACCGAAUAAAAAAUGCUUGAUACAAGAAAAAGAAAUUGUAGAAGAUAGACCACAAGAAGAAGAGAAAAAAGGACUUGAAGAGGAAAUGAAAAUGGGGGAAUUAGGAAGCGCAAUGGAAAAAGCGCUGCAAGGGGUCAAAGAAAGAGGAGAAAAAAUACAAAAUCUGGAUGUCAAGAUUAAAAAUAUGGCUGAGCAAGCUAAAUCGUGGGCAGACAUGAUAAAAGAGCAAGCAGAGAAAGAGAAAAAUAAGAAGUGGUGGCAGCUUUAA